AUGUCGGACACCAUCUCCUUUGAGCUGGGCUCCGCCGCCGACCGGCCCCCAAACAGGUUCCAAGUGAAUCCGGUAAAUGGCAACAGUCGCAAGGCGCAGGAUGGUUUUGGACCCGCACCCGGAUCUGGAGCCGGAGCUGGAGCCGGAUCCGGAGACAGGGGCACCGGAGACGACAAUGGGCCGCAUGAGGUCUACCGCCGACUCACAAAUGCCGAGGGCGAGCUGCUCGAGGACGACACAUUCGAUGCGACACAAAUGCUCAACCAGCACCAGCCCAGGCAACAGAGGCAAUCUAUCAAGAGCAGCUUCCGCGACAAGGAUAAGCCGUCAAGGUUCAAGGAUCUACAGACGACAACCCGCUUCCAGGUGGACCCCCAAAAUGAAGAGUCCGAUGAGUCCAAUGACUCGCAGGAGGAGCGUGAGCUGCUGGACAACGAGUAUGAUACAAAAUAUGGUAAAAGUUUCCGGCACUUCACGCGGGAGGCGUUACCCCGCCUGGACAACUACCGCAACAUGAUGUCCAUCCAGGCUGCCUACCGUCCAACGCUCGACGAGCUGCACAAUGCCACGCUGGUGGGCAAGAAUACGCACAGCUUGACGCGCAAUCAGGACCCAGAGUCGGGCAUCAUGAAUGGAAUCUUGAAAUUCGGCUGGAUCAAAGGUGUGCUCAUCCGCUGCCUGCUGAACAUCUGGGGCGUGAUGCUCUUCCUCCGGCUCAGCUGGGUGGUGGGCCAGGCGGGCAUCGUCGAGGGCUUCGUAUUAAUCCUGACAACGACCGCUGUCACGACCAUCACGGCCUUGUCGAUGUCGGCGAUAAGCACUAAUGGUGUCAUCAAAGGAGGUGGCACCUACUACAUGAUAUCCCGGUCCUUGGGGCCGGAAUUUGGUGGCUCCAUCGGUCUAAUUUUCUCGCUGGCAAACGCUGUGGCCUGCGCCAUGUAUGUCGUGGGCUUUUGUGAGUCCAUGCUGGCCAUGAUGACAUCCUUUGAAUGGUCGAUCGUCGAUGGUGGCGUCCAGGAUGUGCGAAUUAUCGGUUGCGUAACAAUCCUGUUGCUUCUGAUAAUCGUCGUCGUCGGCAUGGAGUGGGAGGCUAAGGCACAAAUCGGAUUACUCAUCAUUUUGCUGGUGGCCAUUGCCGAUUUUGUCAUUGGAAGCUUCAUAGGGCCAAAGAGCGAUCUGGAAAUGGCCAAGGGCUUUCUAGGCUACAAUGCCACGUUGUUCAAAAAUAAUAUGUUUGCGGACUAUCGACCGGAAAAGGGUGGAAUCCAUCAUGACUUCUUCUCAGUAUUUGCCAUAUUCUUCCCAGCAGCCACGGGUAUUUUGGCUGGAGCCAAUAUUUCUGGUGAUUUGAAGGACCCCCAAAAAUCCAUUCCAAAAGGCACGAUCCUUGCUAUCAUCAUUACCACGGGAACCUAUUUAAUUAUGGUCCUGCAGUGCGGUGCCACAGUGGCUCGCGAUGCCACUGGAAAUCUGACGGAUGUUGUCAAUGGCUCCUAUUCAUUCCUUGACUGCCAGCCUGGUGAAUGCGCUUAUGGCCUGCAAAAUUCAUUCCAGGUGAUUGAACUGGUCUCUGGCUUUGGCCCCCUGAUUUACGCUGGCUGCUUUGCUGCUACUUUGUCCUCGGCUUUGGCCAGUUUGGUUUCAGCUCCAAAAGUAUUUCAGGCUUUGUGCAAGGACGAGCUAUAUCCCAAGAUAGUUUGGUUUGCCAAAGGUUAUGGCAAGAACAAUGAGCCAGUGCGUGGUUAUGUGUUGACUUUCAUUAUUGCUUCAGCCUUCAUUUUGAUCGGCGAACUGAAUCUGAUUGCCCCGCUCAUCUCGAACUUCUUCCUGGCUGCCUACAUGUUGAUCAACUUCAGUACCUUCCAUGCUAGCCUGGCCAAACCGGUGGGCUGGCGUCCCACCUUUAAGUAUUACAACAUGUGGCUGAGUCUGCUGGGCGCUGCUCUUUGCGUGGCGGUCAUGUUCCUGAUCUCGUGGGCCACCGCCUUGAUCACCUUCGCUGUGGUGCUGGCACUGUACUUAAUUGUGGCCUACCGGAAACCGGAUGUUAACUGGGGCUCCACCACGCAGGCGCAGACGUACAAAAACGCGUUGAUGUCAGUGCAGCAGCUGAACAAUGUGGAGGAGCAUGUGAAGAACUACAGGCCUCAGAUUCUGGUCUUAUCCGGUUUGCCCAACACCCGGCCCGUUCUCGUGGAUCUGGCCUACAUGCUCACGAAGAACCUGUCGCUGCUGGUAUGUGGCCACGUGGUCCGGGGCUCCAGCUCCCAGAAGUAUCGGACAUAUCUGCAGGAGCGAGCAGCCAAUUGGUUCCGCAAGCACCGUGUCAAGGGCUUCUACGCCUUGGUGGAUGGUGAGGAUUUCGAGUCGGGCACCAGGGCCUUGAUGCAGGCCUCCGGUAUCGGGAAACUCAAGCCAAACAUCAUCCUGAUGGGCUACAAGACUGACUGGCAGACGUGCGAGCACAAGGAACUGGAGCAAUACUUUAACGUGAUGCACAAGGCUCUGGACAUGUACCUAUCGGUGGCCAUUCUCCGGGUUCCACAAGGUCUGGACUGCUCACAGUUGCUGGGCUCUCAGGAUGGCUGGCAGACGGUCGCCGACGUUCCGAGAACCCUGCAACCGAACGAGAGUUCCAAUGACCUACAGGCUGCGGACAGCAGUGUCCGCAAUGGUUUAGGAGGCAGCAUCGACUCCCUGAGUCGCAAUGUGUCGCAAGAGGACCGCAACCGCAACGAGUUGCUCCACAGCGAGCAGAACAGCCUGAAGAUAGUCAAAUCCUCCAGCACGAGCGACCUGUCGUUCAUCGCGGGCAAUCAGUCAAAGGAUGUGUCCGGAAUGCCUGAUCCUUUGGACGCGAAAUCAGCUAAUCUUGUGACCAAUUCGCUGCGCAAGUCAAAGCUGAAGCACGACGAUCCCGCCUCUCUGUACAAGGGUCCUGGCGGCGUUGAACUGCCCAAGGAGGUCCUCACGGACCUCACCCAGUUCACGCGGAAACGCAGCCAUGCCGUUAUCGAUGUCUGGUGGCUGUACGACGACGGUGGCCUCACCCUCCUGCUGCCCUACAUCAUCAGCACUCGACGCACCUGGCAGUCCUGCAAAUUGAGGGUUUAUGCUCUGGCCAACAAGAAGGCAGAGCUGGAGUUCGAGCAGCGCUCGAUGGCCAGUUUACUCUCCAAAUUCCGGAUAGAUUACUCUGAUCUGACCCUGAUACCUGACAUCACGAAAAAGCCACUGGAAACGUCAACGCAGUUCUUCAACGAGCUAAUCAAGGACUUUGUGGUGGCCGACAAGGAGAAUGAGAACGGCAACAGCAGCAGGGCGACCCUCAACGAGGAUGAUGCUCUGAUUACCGAUGACGAUCUGCUGGCGGUGCAGGACAAGACGAAUCGUUACCUACGCCUGCGGGAGUACCUGCGGGAGCAGUCCACCAAAUCCGAUCUGGUCGUGAUGACCCUACCGAUGCCCCGCAAGAACAUUGUCUCCGCGCCGCUCUAUAUGGCCUGGCUGGAGAGUCUUAGUAGGGACAUGCCGCCGUUCCUGUUUGUGCGCGGCAAUCAGACAAGUGUCCUGACCUUCUACUCGUAGGAUCGGAUCGUAUCGGAUCUAUUGUAUUUUACUUACUUAUGCCACACCUACCGACACUCACACUCACCGCGCGUACGAGUAUCUUAUCUCCUAGAAGUACCACCCAUGUACAUACGUUAAGGGACACCUCCGACACACACACAGACACACACACACACACACACACGGAACGCACAGAGGCACUGGCAGCGCGGAGGAAACAGGAUCCGGAAGUGGAAGCGUGAGUCCACCAUUUGUUAUUUCAGUCAGCCUCUGCGUUGUUAAUAUAAACAUUUGUCCUUGCAAUCGAGUUUAAAUCGUAUUUAAAUACAGUGCAAAUAAUUUUUAAA